CAUUGUCAAAUACGCAUGUCCUAACCUCAAAAGUAAACAAAAUCUCGUGGAUGUGUGGAUAUUUAUUAUUGCAUUGCAAAGAGUGCAGACAAAAAAUAUUUUUACUUAAUAAAGUGACUUAAAAUUAUAUUAAUAUUUAUUGACACUAGUUUAUUAAGUACUUACAAUGGGUAAACGUAAAGGAAAAUGUGUGAAGAAGAAUCCAUCCUCCAAAGAGUCUUUAGAGCCAGAGCAUUUGGUGAAGGCUCCUCACUCCUUCGUAAUUCAUCGAGGACAGUGCAGCAAGGACCUCAUAGACCUCAUGAAGGAUUUCCGAAAGCUUAUGGAACCGUUUACAGCGUCACAAUUAAAGGAACGGAAAAAGAACACAAUAAAGGAUUUUGUGUCAGUGUCCGGGUACCUGCAUGUCUCUCACAUGAUGGUGUUCACAGAGACGGACGUCGGCUCGUACAUGCGGAUGGCAAGGCUGCCUCGUGGACCUACACUCACAUUCCGCAUACAUAGCUACACUCUAGCGCGCGACGUGAUAUCAUCAAUGCGCAAGCAGUACGUGAUGAUGCGCGCCUUCCAACACGCCCCACUCAUCGUGCUGAACAGCUUCUCCGGAGAGGGCAUGCACAUGAAACUCAUGGCCACCAUGUUCCAGAACAUAUUCCCCACCAUUAAUAUUACCACAGUAAAACUAAAGAACAUUCGGCGCUGCGUACUAAUGAACUACAAUCCUUCUACACAACUUGUUGAAAUGCGACACUACGCCAUCCGAGCUACUCCUGUCGGACUCAAUAAAGGAACUAAAAAGAUGGUGCAAGGCAAAAUCCCCAACUUAAAUCGCUGUAAGGAUAUGUCUGAAUUUUUCGACAAAGCUGGUAUGUUAUCAGAAAGUGAAUUCGAGGACGAUCCAAACUCGCAGGUGGUACUCCCACAGAGCUUGGCGUCGCGAGGUGCCGCUGCCGAGUCCAAGUCGGCCAUCAGACUGUUCGAACUAGGUCCUAGGAUAUCUUUCCAACUUGUCAAGGUAGAAGAUGGUUUAAUGGAUGGUGAGGUACUAUACCAUAACCUUAUAGAGAAGACAGAAGAAGAGAAGGCGUUGAUCAAAAAGAAGAGAGAAGAAAAGAGACGACUGAAAGAGAAACGAAAGGCACAACAAGAGGAGAACGUCAAGCGGAAAGAGCAAGAGAAGGAAUCUCUCAAACAGAAGGCACUGGAGGGCAUGAAGAAGAAGAAAGAGAUGACUGAAAGUCAGAGGAUGAUGGAACUAGCGAACGCGGAGUCCCAGCACGCUGACAUGGAGCAGGACGAUGAGGACGAUGACGCAGACUACUACAGGCAGGAGGUCGGCGAGGAACCAGAGAAAGACCUCUUCACACGUGAUCCAAGUAAAAAACGGAAAGGCGACGAAGAUGGACCUCGAGGAUUCAAAAAGAUGAGAUUAGAUAAUAAAAUAAAGAAGAAAUUCCAUAAAAGUCAAGAAAUAAACAAUCCGCACAAGCAAGAUGGUAAGAGGCCAUUCAAGGGUAACCAGAAAGACGGCAGGAACUUCCAGGGCAAUAAAGGUGGUGGCAAAAGGUUCCAGCAGGAUGGACCAGGCGGUAGGAAGUUCCAACAGGAUAGGCCGGGCGGCAGGAAAUUCCAAAACGAUAAAAAAGGAGGUAGAAAGUUCCAAAGAGAUGGAAACGACGGACAAAAACCUUUUAACAAACAGAAAAAAGUAUUUGGAGGCAAAGUUAAUAAGUCUGGAAAAGGUAAAGGAGGCUUCAGUAAAGGCAAAGGAAAGAAGGGAAGGAAAUAACUACAUCUAACCAACUAGGUUUAAGUAUUGUGUAUUUAAAUAAAUGUACAAAAUAUUGUUUGUAAAAA